UGCAGUAAGUCAGUGUAGUAAGGCACUUGGGCACUCCAGCAACAACAUUAAAUUUUCUGUCGGUUGUGUUUCACAUUGCGUUCUUCAACUUGGCAACUAUGGCCAACUGCGCCGCAAUGAUGCUGCUGGCAGUUGUUUCCUUGAUGGCUGGAAAAGCCAUAGGUGGACCGAUGGGCUCAUCUUCCGGGUAUUACACGAGUCAAGCGCCAUACUACACCACGACGUAUGCAGCCCCCAGCUACUACACCACCAAGGCUCCGGAGUAUUACACGACAACAUAUGCUGCCCCCAGCUACUACACCGAUGCGCCCAAGUACUAUACGACCAAGGCACCCGAAUACUACACCACAACGUAUGCUGCUCCGGCCUACUACACUGAACCCCCGAAGUAUUACUCGGCUCCAAGUUACUACGCAGAGGCACCAGUUUAUUCCACCACAACAUACGCUCCUCCAAGCUACUACACCGAGGCACCCAAAUACUUCACAACAAAGGCACCGGAGUACUACAGAGCUCCCAAGUACUAUGCUGAGCCCAGCUACACCACCACCACUGUUGCAUACUACACCACAACGGAAGUAGCUAAGUACUACGUAGCUCCGACUUACUACGCUGGAACUUCCCAAUCUUACUACAGUGAGCCCACAUACUACACCGAGGCUCCACAGUACUACUCUGCUCCGUCUUACUACACCACGGUUGCGACAUCUUACUUCACCGAGCCCAGCUAUUACACAACCUAUGCUGCUCCGGCAUCCUACCCCGAGGCUCCAAAAUAUUUGGCUCCUAGUUACUACACCGAAGCUCCGAUUUACUACACCGAAGCUCCGAUUUACUACACCGAAGCUCCGAUUUACUACACCGAAGCUCCGAUUUACUACACCGAAGCUCCGAUUUACUACACCGAAGCUCCGAUUUACUACACCACAUAUUCCAAACAAAGCUACUACACCGAGGCACCACAAUACUACACUGCCACUUCUUAUUAUACCACUAAGGCUCCGGAGUACUACGCAGUGGAGAAGGCCGAAUACUACCCUACCACUUAUGCUGCUCCUUCUUACUACACUGAAGCUCCAAAGUUCUAUCCGGCCCCAAGUUACUACACCACCAAGGCUCCCGAGUACUACACCACCAAGGCUCCCGAGUACUACACCACCAAGGCUCCCGAGUACUACACCACCAAGGCUCCCGAGUACUACACCACCAAGGCUCCCGAGUACUACACCACCAAGGCUCCCGAGUACUACACCACCAAGGCUCCCGAGUACUACACCACCAAGGCUCCCGAGUACUACACCACCAAGGCUCCCGAGUACUACACCACCAAGGCUCCCGAGUACUACACCACCAAGGCUCCCGAGUACUACACCACCCCAUACGUCGCCCCCAGCUACUACAGCGAAGCUCCGAAAUAUUAUUCAGGUCCCAGCUACAGAACUGAAACACCAAAGUAUUACAAAUAGCUCCGAAGAUUUUAAUCAGAUGGUUCGAAAAUCAAUGUUUGUUUUAUUUUUGUUACACGGUAGACGUUACACAAUAUAAUGGUAUCCGCUA